ACCGUUUGCGCUUAUCGCCAAUUGGCAAAUGCCGCCGAUCACUUUCAAUCGAGCCGCUAAUCUUUUUUUCACAAUCUGCCGCUGCCACGCAGCUCAUUCGCCCCUCUGGCCCAGCCCAUCUAACCUGGAGAACACAUCAGACCGGUAGGGAUUCGUCCGCCGGCACAUAUAGCAGCUGGUCGUGAAGCCUGAGUGACGCUUUGGGCUCGUCCGGCCUCAACAGGCGCUUAUCAGUCAAGCCUGUCACUGCUACACCACACAAUCUCGGCUUCCCGCGUCCUGCGCUGCUUCGACUUUGAGAUCGGCUUGAGUGAGUAUGACAUCCAUCGAGGCGGCAAACAAAGCUUCGAGCGGUCGACCGGACUACAAGACAAGCUCAUCUACUGGCUCGCAAGCUUCCGCAGGCCGCGCGCCCACACCGCCGGAAGGCCAAGAAAGUACCGCGAGUGGCAGUGAGCCAUCGGAGUCGACUGCUACCACAUCGAGAACCGAUUCGUCCGCAGAAGGCUCGGAACAUUCGUCCACAGACGAUACUUCACCGUCACUGUCGCGUCGAUCCUCGCGCUCAUCAAAAGAAUCGCCGCCCAAAGUCAUCCUUGGCGGUGCAGAUGAGGGGGUCAAGCAUAUCGACAAGGCUCGCCUUGAUGGGACUUCUGGUGCCAUCGCAGGCUUGCCAGACGCAUCCUAUGACAGUGAUGAUGAGCCAGAGCCAAUAGCGACAGACCUACCACAGCCAUUCUAUCCUGCUUCCUUGGACGCGCAAAGCAAGAGCGAUGGCCUUCCACGAGCUAUACCGGCCAAGUAUAAUUUGCCAGCUUUGCCACGAUUAGCCCAGACAAAGACAAUAGACAGUCAGGACGCGGCCACGCCAGAUAAUUGGGUACCACGAGACGAACGCCUCGUCCGACUGACUGGCAAGCAUCCCUUCAACUGCGAAGCAAAGAUCGGUACCUUGUUCGAGCAAGGUUUCCUCACCUCAAGUAAUCUCUUCUACGUUCGCAACCAUGGCGCGGUACCCAAAGUUGAUCAGCAGAUGGCCGAUGACUGGACCAUUCGCAUUCAUGGCUUGGUCAAACGUGAGCUGACGCUGACACUUAAAGAGCUCAAGGAUAAGUUCCCGACCGUCACGCUCCCUGUCACGCUCGUCUGCGCAGGCAAUCGUCGCAAGGAGCAGAACGAAGUCCAGAAAUCCCUCGGCUUCAAUUGGGGCGCAGGAGGCGUGUCUACAGCUCUCUUCACGGGUGUCUAUCUAGCGGAUAUCCUGGCAUACGUCAAGCCGUGUACAAAGGGUAAAAGGGUUCAGAGACUUCCAACAUUCGAAGGCGAAGAGGUGCCUGAGGGCGAGACCGAGAUACUCAGAGCCCGUCAUGUCAUCUUUGAAGGCGGCGAUAAGCUACCGAACGGUCCCUACGGCACUUCGCAGCUCCUCAACAGGGCAGCGGACAAGACCAAGGGCAUGCUCAUCGCUUGGGCAAUGAACGGUCUACCUCUCGAACCUGAUCAUGGCUACCCUUUGCGGCUUGUCGUACCAGGCCAGAUCGGCGGCCGCUCUGUCAAAUGGCUCAAAGAAAUCGAGAUCUCACACGAAGAAUCACAGCACUACCUACAUUUCUUUGACAAUCGAUUGCUGCCCACAGAAGUAUCGCCCGAUCAAGCUAGAAACGAGAAGCACUGGUGGAAAGACCCUCGGUAUCUCAUCAACGAUCUCAACAUCAAUUCUGCUAUAGCUAAACCGGAUCACGAAGAAAUACUCAACAUCACACAAUCUCCUGAUGAAGAGGUAUACACCGUGCGCGGCUAUGCGUACGCCGGCGGCGGCCGACGAGUCACACGCGUCGAGCUAUCACUUGACGAUGGCGAGACGUGGGAACUCUCCCAGAUCUCAUAUCCCGAGGAUCUCUACCGUGCAGUUUGUUACUCGGAUCCCGUCUACGGCUCGCUCGAUCUCACAGAGCGAGAUACGUGCUUCUGUUGGUGCUUCUGGUCAUACGACGUGCCGGUCGGCAAGCUUAAGCAGAGCGCUUCUAUAUCCGUACGAGGGAUGGACGAGUCGCUCGCUCUUCAACAACGCGAUAUGUACGUCAAUGCCACUGGCAUGAUGAACAAUUGGUGGUUCCGGGUCGUGCUGCACAAGAGCGAAAGCAACAUCCGCUUCGAACAUCCGACACUCGCAGGCGUCGCGAAAGGCGGUUGGAUGCAAAGGCUCAAAGAAGAGGGGUUGGAUCCCAAGUAUCCCGAGUUCAGGACAGAUCAGUCGACGUCCAAGGUCAAGCAAGAAGUCAAAAAGGAGCCUAAGAAAGAGAUCAAGAUGACCAAGGACGAUGUGACGCGCAAGAUGACUUUGGCAGAGGUAGCCGAGCUUAGCACAGAAGCUGACCCUCUGUUCGUUGUCAACGGGCAUGUAUACGCUGGCAAGGACUUCUUGCCAGAGCAUCCCGGCGGACCAGAAUCGAUCACGCUCGUAUCUGGCGAGGAUGCAUCAGAGGACUUUAUGGCGAUACACUCUGCAGAUGCGAAGCUCAGGCUUGCCGCUUUCCAUAUCGGCGUCAUCGAGGAUGAUGGACAAAGCGCCGUAGCCAAGGCUGAAGACGAUCAGGACGAACAAGCGCCGAUAUUCCUCCACAAGAGCAAGUGGAAGAGAGUCAAGCUGGAAGCCGUCACAGAUGUCUCGUACGAUUCAAAGCUGUAUCGAUUCCGCUUGCACCGCGAGGACCAAGAUCUGGGUCUUCCAUGCGGGCAACACGUCUAUGUCCGUUUACGACGGAAAGUGAAGACAAAUGCAGGGGAGAGCGACGCGAUCGUCGAAGGGGAAGGGGAGCUAGUGCAGCGAGCCUAUACACCCGUAUCGACGCAAGACGCCAAAGGUUUUAUCGAUUUGCUCAUCAAAAUCUACUUCCCCAGCGAGUCUUAUCCGACUGGCGGAAAGGCGACGACUGCAUUCCAUGCGCUUUCGAUAGGCGACGAGAUCGAAAUGAAGGGACCUCUGGGCUCUUUCGUCUGGGAAGGCAAAGGCAUGGCCAGAUGGAAAGGCAAUCAGCGCAAAGUCAAGAAUCUUGGCAUGAUAUGCGGUGGAAGUGGCAUCACACCCAUUUUGCAAGUGCUGCGGGGUGUGCUGCACGACAAGGAAGAUAAUGACACACAUCUGUGGCUGCUCGACGGCAACCGGCAAUUCGAAGACAUUUUGUGCAAUGAGGAGCUCGAAGAAUUGGCUGCAGCGCACAGUCAUCGAUACCGAUUGCACCAUACGCUCACGACGGACAAGCAUCCCGCGGGCUGGUCAUACAGCAAAGGCCGUAUUGAUGACAACAUGCUCAAGCUUCACCUACCGCAGCCUUCGGAUGACGCGCUGAUCCUCAUCUGUGGACCUGAGGGCAUGAUAGAAGGCGCGAAGAAGGGCCUCACACGGUUAGGCUGGGACAUCGCUAGCAGCCUCGUUGUCUUCUAG